AUAUAUAAAAAAUAUGUAUAAAUUUAAAGCAAUAUCCAGAAUAUAUAAAUGCCCCUAUAACAGAUGAUUGCUAAAAUACGGCAUUAACUCGCAGUGUAUGGAGAAACGAUAAAAAGUUAGUUAAACUUCUUCUAGGUAUGGGAAGCUAAGUAAAUUAUGCAGGUCCAAGAGGAAUUUCGCCCCUAAUGUGGGCAGCAAAAAGAGGUCAUAUAUAAAUGGCUCAAUAUUUAUUAGAAAAUGGAGCUGAAUUAUUAUAAAAAUCUUAAGAUAAAAAUUAAUUUACGGCUUUAGAAAUGGCUAUUGUAAAUGGAUAAUAUGAAAUGUGUUUAUUUUUGUUAAAUUAAGAUGAAAGUUAAUUGGAAAAACUAAAAAAAUGGGAAGUUUAUUUAGAUGCAGCUUAAGGAAAAUAUUUAUCUUAUGUCAAUUAUGAAUAGUUUAUAGUUUAUUUAAAGUAAAAAGUUCCUUUUGAAAAUUGCCCUAAUUUUUACAAAAGGCCUGAUCCUCCUAAAUUACAUGACCCUGUUAUAGAUCCGAGAGAAACAUGGACUGAAUUUUUCGCUAGAAAUAUAGAUUUUAAAGAACCUCCUAUGGUUGAAAGAAAUGAAUUAGGUGAAAAUUUAUAACCAUAGAAUAGGUUUUUGGCAAGAUUAAGACACUAUUUUAACGGUUAUGAUCCAUAUCCUAAAAAAAUUGAAGAUGUCAUAUUAAAAGAUAAUGAAAAUUAUUUAAAAUUAGAUUAAAAGUAAUAAUGA